AUGACUCAAGCCUACGCAAUCGAGCUUUACUUCGACCCGGCCCUCGAGAACCAAGUUUUAAAGGCAUGGAACGUGUUAGCUCGACGCCAGAUAAGCACUCAGUUAAUCGAGAUCGAAUCGCGGCCCCACAUUACCUUAUUCUCUACCUUACUGGCCGACACAGCUAAAAUAGAGAAUGCCCUAAAGAAUCUCACUUCAAAGCAAGAACCUUUGCAUUUAUCUUUUUCCUCGAUAGGAAGCCUCCCGAACGAUAACAAUGUUCUCUUUCUGGGCCCCACUCCAUCUCUGUCACUCCUCCAAUUCCACACACAGUUAUGCGAUGCCUUGAGAAAGGAAGGAGUCGAGAUUGGAGAGGAUUACCGUCCGGAUAAAUGGAUUCCUUACUGUGCGGUGGCUGAUGAUGUGGCAAAGGGCCGUUUGGCGGAAGCUUUCAGUGUCUUGCGUGAUUUGAAGAUGCCGGUUGGUGGGUACGCGGUGGAAGUCUCGUUGGUCGAGCACCCUCCCGUGCGAGAGAUAGUCUCGUUUCCUUUGGGUGCCCAUUAUGGUGGUGAGGUGUAA